AUGGCUGAAGAUGAGGUGAAACUUGUCGAUAAUGUUGUUGGAUUUUUCGAAGUGGCCGAAGAGGUCGCCCUUGAGUGUGUUGACUGUGUUCGUGGUGUUGUAGGGGUUACGGUGAUUGUCGUUAAACUUUUCGUAGUGAUUGAAGAAGUCUCGCUUGUCGGUGUCUUUGUCGUUUGUACUGCAGAGGUUACGGUAGUUGUCGUUGAAUCUGUUGGCGAUGAUGUAGAGGUUACGGUAGUUGUCGUUGAAUCUGUUGGCGAUGUUGUAGAGGUUACGGUAGUUGUCGUUGAACUUAUCGAAAUGGUUGAAGAAGUGGUUUGA